AUGCACCUCCUCGGGCGCCUCCGGCUCUCCCUGAUCGGAGUCAUAAGCUCGGGCGCCGCUCCAUCCGCAGCUCUCCGGCUGCCAACCAUGGCCGGAGUCCGGAUGCGCGGGGCUGGACAGCAGGCUCGGAUGAUGGGCAGCGUGCGUGACCUCAACGACCAGGGCGUCGAGUACAGUGUGCGCAAGACCGAGGCCGCGUGGCGCGAGGCCGGCUGGUCCGGUGAGGACUCGGUCUGGGCGGCGCCUCUCACAGCUGCUGCCGUGAACAGGCGGGAGCAGCUCUCGGACGAGGAGUACUACGUGCUGCGGCAAAAAGGGACCGAGUACCCUGGAUCAGGCAAGUACGACAAGUUCUACCCAAAGGCAGGCCACUUUGUGUGCGGCGGGUGCGGCGCGCCGCUCUACUCCGCUGCGGCAAAGUUCGACAGCGGGUGCGGUUGGCCUGCUUUCGACCGGAUCGUCAAAGGCAGCGCGCGCACUGGCGCUGUGGUGACGCAGACAGACACCUCGCUCGGGAUGCGGCGCGUCGAGAUCCUCUGUGGCUCGUGUGGCGGCCACUUGGGCCACGUCUUCGAGGGCGAGACAGUAGAGCGCGAGAUUGCGCGAGGCGAGCGCUUCACCCGGACCAAUGAGCGGCACUGCGUCAACUCGGCGUCGGUGAGGUACGUCGACGCUCCGCUGCCCGACGGCGCAGCCGAGACCAAGGUGCUCCCCGAGCCCGAGGACGACGCCGCGGGCGCGAAGAGCAUCCUGAGCGAGCUUAUCGGCAAGAAGGGAGGGCAGGGAGACUGA